AUGCUCCUCCCAUCCGCCUUCUCCUGCGACGGCGGAGCGCAAGCCACGCCUCUGCCGCGAUCCCAACCCGCCCGCUUCGCAUCGCCGCCCACGAGCCCGCCGUCGCUGUCCGCGCAGUACUCCAUCGACAACAUCAUGAACACCUGCCGCUCGCUCCAGUCCCUCAUCUCCAUGACCGCCGCCCCCGUCGACCACGGCGCACUCGCGCCCGCGCCCACCCUGACGCAGCUCCCCACGCCGCCGCUCGCGCACGCCCCGACGCCCAUGAAGCUGCGGCUGCGAGCGCGCCCCGUCAGGACAGCCACCGCCACUGAUGGUAAAGGCGACGAGACGCCCGCCGCGAGAAAGAGAAUCGCCAGGCGCGCGCCCCCGCGAGGCGCCAACAAGCGCCGGCGCGCAGACAGCGACGACAUGGGGCGCGACGACGACUACUCUUCCUCCUCCUCCUCCUCCUCCUUCUCAUCCUCCUCUUCCGACAUGGACACCGAGGCCGAGCUGGACGCCGAGACGCUGCGCAACAUGCCCUCCUUUACGCUGCCCCUGGGCCUCGAGCGGUCCGACUUUCACACCGUGCACCUCCUCGAGGGCCGCUCGCUGCUGGACCAGAGCGCGCGCAAGCCCGGGACGGACGUGCAGGUCGAGGCGGACGGCGCCGAGUGGAGCGUCGAGGACGACCGCGUGCUGGUCGAGCUGGUGCUGGAGAAGCUCAAGCUGUCCAAGAUGGAGUGGCAGGACUGCGCGCGCAGCCUGGGCAGGGACCGGCACAGCGUGAACCGGCGCUGGAAGAGCCUCGUCAUGAACGGCGACAUUGGCGUCAAGACGCGGAGUCGCCGGGCGAGGCUGCCUUCUAGCUGGCGGUGA